GGACGAGGCGCGCCAGCCCGGCCUGCCAGAGCCCCACCGCCUCGGCGUGCGCCAGCUCCUCCUCCUCCUCCUCCGCCGCCGCCAUGCUGCUCUUCUGCCCGGCCUGCGGGAACGUGCUGGUGGCCGAGGAGGGCGCGCGAUGCCACCGCUUCGCCUGCACCACGUGCCCCUACGUCCGCAACGUCACGCGCAAGGUGACCGGCAGGCGCUACCCGAAGCUCAAGGAGGUCGACGACGUGCUGGGGGGCGCCGCCGCCUGGGAGAACGUGGACUCCACCGCAGAGCCAUGCCCCAGGUGCGAGCACCCACGGGCCUACUUCAUGCAGCUGCAGACGCGCUCUGCUGAUGAGCCCAUGACCACCUUCUACAAGUGCUGCAGCCCCCAGUGCGGACACCGCUGGCGGGACUGAGCCCCACAUGCUGCACCUUUGCCCAGAGACAGAGAAGACACAGUUGCAUUUUAAAGUCACUUUAUUGACAGCCUGCUACACUCACUUGCUCCAGUUCCGUUCGUAGGGGAACACGCGGCCCAUCUGCAGGGUGCAGGCCACGGUCGGCUCGUAGAAGGCCAUGGGGGCCUCACUCAGCUUGGAGCAAGCCACUUCCUCCUCCAGCACGGGCCGCGAGAAGAGGGAAGGCACCUUUUGCUGCUUCAGGCAGAACUUCUGGAUGCAGCCCAGGGCUUCCAAGCCCUGCAGAAGAAAGCAGUCAUAAGAGUUUUUAAUAAAUAAAAAUUACUGUCCAAGAAA